AUGUACAAUGGGAUCGGGCUGCCGACGCCGCGGGGGCAGCGCACCAACGGCUACGUCCAGCGCAACCUCUCGGCCCUGCGGCCCAAGAAAGGGGGGGCGGGCGGGGACCCCCCCCCCCGGCGAGAGGAGGAGCUGAGGCGCCUGGAGGCCGCCCUGGCCAAGAAGCCCAACGCCGACAUCCUCGACCACCAGCGCAAGAGGAGGGUGGAGCUGAAAUGCCUGGAGCUGGCCGAGCUCAUGGAGGAACAGGGCUACUCGGCCGAGGAGAUCGAGGCCAAGGUGGCCACGUUCCGCACCAUGCUGCUGGAGAAGGACGAGGGGCCCGGCGAGCCCGAGCAGAAACCCACGGGCACGGAGACGCACCAGCUGGCCGAGGCUAACGAGCGCAAGAACGAGCGGCUGCGCGCCGCCUUCGGCAUCAGCGACUCCUACGUGGACGGCAGCGCCUUCGACCCCCGCCCGCAGGGCCAGGGAGGGGCCCCCCCGAGCCCCCCCGAGCCCCCCAGGUACCCCAAAACCACGGGGAAACACCCCAGAAAUGAGUCGAGCUCGCGCUCGCCGUCCCCCAAGCAGAAGAAGAAGAAGAAGAAGAAGGAUCGGGGCAGGUCCGCCAGCCGCUCCGGGGAGAGGAAGAAGAGCAAGAAGAAGAAGCACAGGUCUGAAUCCGAGGCCAAGAAGCGAAAGCACCGCUCGCCCAGCCCCAAGGCCAAGCACAAGGCCAAGGAGAAGAAGCGCAAGCGCUCCACCAGCCAAUCGCAGAAGCCGGAGCGCUCUUCCUCCCCGGCCGGCUCCUCCUCCUCCUCGGGCUCCUCCCGCAGCAGGUCCCGCAGCGCCGCGGCCCCGACCCCGACCCCCGGCGCCGGCGCAGCAGCGCCGCGAGGAAGAGGAGCCGGCGCCGCCCGCCGCCUUCGGCCUCACCUGCCUCCGCCGCCCCUCCCCCGCCGCAGGAGCCGCAGCCGGAGCCGCUCGCGGCCGCCGUCCCCGGCGCCGUCCCCCGGCGUCGCCGCCGCGGAGCCGCCGCCCGUGAGCCCCGCCCCCAGCCCCGCCCCCUCCCCCGCCCCCUCCCCCGAAACGCUCCGCCCCUCCCCCUCCAUCCUCAUCCUCCUCGCGCCGCUCCCGAUCCCGCUCCCGCUCCCGCUCGCGCUCGCGGCGCCGCGCCCCCCGCAGCUCGCGGCGCUCCCGCUCCCGGCCCCGCUCCCGGCACCGCCGCUCGCGCUCCCCGCCCGCGGCACCGCCGCUCGCGCUCCCCGCACGCCGCUCUGGACGCCGGCCGGCGCCUCGCCGCUGCGCUGGCCCGGCACGGCGCUGGGCACGCCCCUGACCCUGCCCAACAGCAUCCCCACCUCCGGCAGCGCCCGCCUGCGCUCGCGCUCCCCGCUCGCGGCGCCGAUCCCGCUCCCGGCGCCGAUCGCGGUCGCGGCGCUGGGGACGCUCGCGGUCGCGGUCGCGCUCCACGUCCCCUCACCGCCGCCGAUCCCGCUCCACGCUGAGGAGGUCGCGGUCACCCUUGAGGAGAUCACGGUCCGCCGUUCCGGCGGUCCCCGCUCGCCGAUCCGGCGAUCCCGCUCCCCGUUCCGGCGGUCCCGCUCGCCGCUGCGGCGAUCCCGGUCGCCCCUGCGCCGGUCGCGGUCGCCGAUCCGGCGUUCGCGCUCACCGCCGCCGCUCCCGCUCCCCGGCGCCGCUCCCGCUCCCGGCGCCGCUCCCGCUCGCCGCUGCGGCGCUCCCGCUCUGCGCCGCCGCUCCCCCGCUCGCCCUCCCCGUCCCCGGAGCGCCGCCGCCGCCGCCGCGGGGGCAACCGCGCGCCGCAGCCGCUCGGAGUCCUCCGGCAAGUCGCGGCGCGGCGCGUCCCGCCGGAGCCGCUCGCUGUCCUCGCCGCUGGCCAAGAAACGGCCGCGGCCCCGCGGGUCCCGCUCGGCGUCGCCGCGGCGGCGCCGCAGCCGCAGCCCCUCCCCCUCCCCCGCGCCCUCCCCCCGCCCCGCCCAGCGUCACCAAGGCCCCCUCCCCCCCCCGUCCCCGCCCGCCCCAACCGGCACCGCCCGGCACCCGAGGGGGGGGGCGGCGGCCACCAAAGCCACCCCCGAGGCCACCAAGGCCACCCCCGAGGCCACCAAGGCCACCCCCGAGGGGACAGCGGGUGGCACGGUGCCGACGGUGGCUGAGGAGAAGCCGCCCGCGGUGGCCGAGGGGACACCGGGGGCCACCAAAGUGGGCUCAGGUGACACCAAAGUGGCCUCAGGUGACACCAAAGUGGCUGUAAGUGACACCAAAACGCCCACAGGUGACACCAAAGUGGCCUCAGGUGACACCAAGAUGGCCGCAGGUGACACCAAGGUGGCUUUGAACGACACCAAGGUGGCCAACGGUGACCCCAGAGCCGCCGCGGGUGACGCCAAGGCGCCGGUGUCCCCCUCCCAGCCCGCCCCCAAGGCCGUGUCCCCAACUGUCCCCAAGCUGGAGGUGACACCCGCGCCCCUCCCCAAGGCCACGCCCCCCGUCCCCGACCGUCCCCAAGUCCCCGGUGCCACCCCCCGACCCCAAACCCGCGCUGUCCCCAACCGUCCCCAAAUCCCCGGCGCCGCCCCCCGAGCCCAAAGCCACCCCUGUGUCUCCCCAAAGUGUCCCCAACGCCGCCCCCCCGACCCCAGACCCGCUGCCGCCCCGUCCCCCCGCGCGUCCCCGACGCCCUCCCGGCUGUCCCCGCGCUCGGGGACCUUGGGGACCUUGGGGACGCCGCCGCCGCCGCCCCCGGGGCUGCCGCGGGCGCUGGCGCGGCCGCCCGGUGCCACCCUGGGGACGCUGGGGACACUGGGGACACUGCUGCCCGCCGCCCGCCUCAGCCUGCCCUCCUCGCCCGUGGCCGCCUCGGCGCUGCCCGCCCGGGCACCGGCACUGUCACCAAGGCCACCGCGGCGGCUGCGGCCACCAAGGGUGGCGCAGUGA